UAUUUAUAAUUUUAUACCUGAUUCCUGAGCCUCAGAACCUGAUACGGUGAGGUGAGCAUUCGAGACUUGAGAGAGGCGGAGAGCAGAGAAUCAGAGAGAGGCUGAGGCAGAUGAGACCAGACUGAACAGUGGAGACUGGAGACUAGAGAGAGGCGGAGAGCAGAGACUAGAGAGAAAGCUUGCAGAAAAAAGCCAUGUUGGAAAAUGAGGCAAACCCAACUCUCAGCAAGUCAACUGGCUUGCCUCGGAAGCGUUUCUACAGAGCAAGAGCGCACAGCAACCCAUUAAGUGAUUCUCACUUCCCAGUACCAACCUCCCCUUGUCAUGUCGACUUAUCAUUUCAUUACCCUCAGUUUUGUUCCUCAUCUGAUCAGAUUGAUAGUUCCAAAAAGAUACAGUUUGCAGAUAUUGGUUGCGGUUUUGGAGGACUGCUAAUUAGUCUCUCAACUCUUUUCCCCGAUACCCUAAUGAUUGGAAUGGAACUUAGGGAUAAGGUGACAGAGUAUGUCAAGGAGCGAAUUUUAGCAUUAAGGGUGGCAAAUCCAGGUCAAUACCAAAAUAUUUCAGUGGUUAGGACAAAUUCCAUGAAAUACAUUCCAAAUUACUUUGAGAAAGGACAGCUUUCAAAGAUGUUCUUCCUGUUUCCAGAUCCUCACUUCAAAGAGAAAAAUCAUCGUCGUCGGGUGAUCAGUACACACUUGCUAGACGAGUACGCUUAUGCUCUUGGGGUUGGUGGGAUUAUAUAUACAAUUACAGAUGUGGAAGAACUUGGAGACUGGAUGAAGGCUUGUUUAGUGAGUCACCCCAUGUUUGAAGCCCUCACAGAGGAAGAGCUUGAAGCAGAUCCAGUUGUAAAGCUCUUGAGUUCUGAAACAGAGGAAGGUCAGAAGGUUGCCAGGAAUGGUGGACAGACUUUCCAAGCAGUUUACAGACGCAUUAUACCAGCCACAUGAUACAUAGGCUGCUCAACUUAGUUGAUUUAGCGGAUGAUUGGCUUGGUAGUGUAGCAGAUUCAUAUAUUGUUGAGCUUUUUUAGUCGUCAUGAGGAUUGACUAUAAUUUUGAAUAGAUUAGAAUAGCAGAAGAAAAAAAAAUUUUAGUUGAUUUUGAUUAAUUUGUUGAGGUUCCAUUUGGACUAAGGUUUGGUAAGUUGUUGUUAUAGUUGUUAUCAUUUGGUUUUUGAAAGAUGUGGUUUUCCAUUUUUGUGUU